AUGGCAGCCAUGCUCCUGAUGGCCAGACGCAAGGUGCCGGUGUCUUUUGAGGACGUGUCUGUGUACUUCACCAAGACAGAAUGGAAGCUUCUGGAUCUCAGACAAAGGAUGCUCUACAAGCGAGUGAUGCUGGAGAACUACCGCCACUUGGUGUCACUGGGGUUUUCAUCCUCCAAGCCUCACCUGGUCUCCCGGCUAGAGCGAGGAGAGGGCCCCUGGGUAGCAGACGUCCACAGGAUGGGGACCACCACAGGGAUGCAGGCAGGUGACAGGAUGAAGAGCAAACCUAUAAUUUCAAAGCAGAAAAAUUGUCCAGAAGAACUCGCAGGGGCUGACCUUCAGGGUGGCAACAAGGGCCAGGUAGCCGGGCGAAGUAGCUGCAGAGGUAGGCAGGGUUUGGUUCUAAGGCAGCAAGGUUCCAAAGGUGCAGAGAAACAGUUUCUGUGUCAGCAGUGUGGGAAAUCCUUCAGCCGGAGCUCCAACCUCAUCAAGCACCGGAUCAUCCACAGUGGCGAGAAACCCUAUGAGUGCGGCGAGUGCGGGAAACUCUUCCGGCGCAGCUUCGCGCUCCUGGAGCACCAGCGCAUCCACAGCGGUGAGAAGCCCUAUGUGUGCGGCGAGUGCGGGAAGACUUUCACACGCAGCUCCAACCUCAUCAAGCACCAGAUCAUCCACAGUGGUGAGAAGCCCUAUGAGUGUGGCGAGUGCGGGAAACUCUUCCGGCGCAGCUUCGCGCUCCUUGAGCACCAGCGCAUCCACAGUGGCGAGCGGCCCUACACGUGCAGUGUGUGUAGCAAGGCCUUCAGCCGGAGCUCCAACCUCAUCGAGCACCAGCGCACACACAGCGGCGAGAAGCCCUACACGUGCAGCCAGUGCCUGAAAGCCUUCAAGGGCAUCUCCCAGCUCAUUCACCACCAGCGCAUCCACAGUGGGGAGAAGCCAUUCGAGUGCAAGGAGUGUGGGAAGGCCUUCCGGGGGCGCUCGGGCCUCAGCCAGCACCGGCGGGUGCACAGUGGCGAGAAGCCCUAUGAGUGCAGCGAGUGUGGGAAGACCUUCAGCCGGCGAUCCAACCUCUUCAAGCACCAGGUGGUGCACAGCGAGGAGAGACCCUACAAGUGUCAAGACUGCAGGAGGGCAUUCCGCAGCGGCUCCGUCCUCCUGGAGCACCAGCGCACCCACGGCAGCCUGCGGCCUAGCGCCUGCGGCCACUGCGGCCAGGCUUCCAAAGGGAAACCGCAGCUCGGCCGGAAGCCGAAAACUCACCGCAGAAGGAAGCUCUCGGAGGGAAGCAACUCAGAAAAGGCGCCAGCCUCCCUGGCCCUCUGGAGAGCCACUGAAGAGCCCCGCCCCGAAGACGAGAAACUCUGUCCAGCCUCCGCCCAUGCCACCGCCCCCAGCUCCUUCUGA